AUGACCGAUGUAUAUAGUGACUCAAUAAGCUAUGAUGCUGGUGGUGGUGACAACGAUUCCAGUUCGACACUGGAGGCUGCCAGUGAUGUUACUGUGCCAUCAAGACCUCAACUUAGGUUAGAUUUGAUAGGUCCUCCAAGCAAUCACCAGACACGAAAAUCACCAUUGAGUGGAGGCGAGACCUACAGUUCACCACUGAGCGGUGAGCCGCUAAAGAGUGGUGGAGAAAGUAGCCUGCCUUCCGCUGGAACACCACUUGGAGCCCACCAUGAGCUGCAACUUCUUAGGGAGCAGCUGGAGCAACAAACCCAGCAAACCCAAGCUGCAGUUGCUCAAGUUCAUCUCCUCAGAGACCAACUUGCUGCUGAAACUGCUGCUCGGCUCGAAGCUCAGGCUAGGAUACACCAGCUGUUGGUCCAUAAUAAAGAGCUCCUUGAUCACAUAUCUUCCUUGGUGCAGCACCUUCAAGAACAGGAGAGGCUACAAGGAAAUGCCCCUGUCACACCGUUGCCCCAGCACCUUGGAUGCGAGGCACCGGGUGUAAAUCCUAUGUUCCUGCCAGAUCUUGGUGGUUCUGGAUAUCUGCAUCCUGCUUUGAGUGGUUCUUACUACAACCUUGGAGGAGGUUAUGACUAUCUUCAACGCCUUCGUUCAUUCUACAGCCCUCCUCCCGUCUACCAGCAAAGGUCUGGUGCCUCUUCUUUUCCAACAACUCCAGUUCUCAGUCACCGCUCUUCCCAAGCUGAAAUCCCUGAAGACCAAUUCAUUCUUCCCUUAUCCCCGGAAGGAAAGAAAGAUAUGGGUCUAGGAGCUCUCCAUAUUUCUCCUCAGCAAGAAAAAAGAUUGCCGUCCAAUGGACCAUUCAUUCAGAGAUCAACGAGUGAGAAAGUGCCAAAUAGAAGUGAACUCAUGUCUCAAGUUCAAAGGACGGCUUGGGCAAGGCAUACAACAAAAUGAUGCCUUCCUUUGAUUGAUGACUAUUCUUGUUUAAACCAUUUAUAUUACCAUUUGAUGAUAUUAAUUUAAUAAUAAAAAUAAGAUUAUUUUAAAUAUGUUUUACAAUUUUAUUUUUAAAAUAAACUGUUUACAUUACAGUAAGAUACAAUGUAACUUACAGUGGGGUUAAUAUAUUGAUAACACUCAAAUAUAACCUAAAGGUACCUAACUUAAAAAAUAUACUAGAAAUUAAAUCCAAGCGAUUAGAUUUAUUUGAAUAAAAUAAUUAUUAGAAAUGAGCUGCAUUAACAAAGCAGUAUUAAAUUGUGUCUUCAAUACUCAAAAAGUUCUAAUUAUAUUAUCGUAUAUAAAUAAUUUUUUGAAAUUUGUCAAAUAUUUUUCUAAUAAAAUUGUCUAUUCUCAAUUAUGUAUCAUUAUUGAAGGUACCAUUAUAAUGUUCAUUAUCUUUAAAUUUUUCUACAAUAAUAGAAUAAACUGAAUAAUGAUAUUUAUACCAAAUUUUAAAUAUGUUAUCACCUCUCUUUUAUAAUUAUUCUUAAGUACUGGUUUAAAAAAGCUUAGUCAUCAAUUAGAACCGCCUUACUAAAAGUAUUCCUAGUAUUGUUUAUUUUUAUGUAAAUAUAAUUAUAGUUAUUUGUUGAUUUUUAUUUGUAUAUGAACAAAAUAUGUAUAUUGAGAAAAUAGUUAUUAAGUGGGACUUACCUAAUGAUUCAUGAACUAUUUUAGUUUGGAUCGUAGAUAGUUUUUGUAUUAUGUGUUUAUGUGACUGAAACAACUGACUUUGUGCAGUUUUCUUUUUUUAAUUGUAAUGUUUUUACAAGUAUUGCAUUUGUUGUGUACCCUGAUACACAAAUAUUUUUAUGAUUGCAUCAUUAUUUAUAUAAAUAAGAUAUUGUAGAUACAAAGUUCCUAAAGUUUUGUUAUAUUUUUGUUUUAUAUUAUGAAGUGACAAAAAUUCUCAAUGGUAGUACAUUUUACUCAACAAGACACAAAUGCACUAAUUACAAUAUUAUAGAGCAGAAUAAAAGACAAUACAAUAAUUGUUAUUUAUUACAAUUUUAUCUUGUUGAAAAUUAACUGCUUUCUUUAAAUAACAUCGUUUAUCUCUGAUAUUACUCAAAAUAGAUCAUUGUUGUACUUAGUUUCAUAGCACAUGUUUAGGGAAUGUAUCAAUUUUUAAUCAUAUAGCAACGUUAACAUAUCUAUUGUUCAAACUUUGUUUAGCUAUACUAUAAAAUAUAAUUUAUAAAUGUAUCCUAAUCAUACAUGAAUGUAAUCAUAGCAAGUCCAUAGUAUGAUGAUCACAAUAUUUUAUAUUGCAUUAAUAGGCAAUAUAUGUAGAAAUACAUAUCACAACUUACUGAAAAAAUAUUAUGGCUAAUUCUGUUAUGUGUUAUUGAUUGAUGAUUCAAGAAAGAGGUUUUGGAUUGUGCAUUUGUCAAAGGAGUCAUUAUUAUAGUUUGAUACAAACAAAAGUUGAAGUGAGAGAUGUCAGGGUUGCUAUGGCAGCAAUAAAUGUAUUUUUGUAUAGGAUGUUUACUUUGAUUUCCUACUUUGAUUUCCUAACCAGUAAUGAAUAACAUACUCUUGCUUUACCCAAUGAAGGCUGUUCAUUAGAUUUAGAUGAAUACCCCUUUGUUUAUCAAUGUUAAAUUUUAUUUGUUAGUUAUUAAAUCCAGAUAUUAAGAUAAACACUUUAACUUUCACAAAUAAUCUCAUUUCUUUAGGUAAUACAGUAGAAUCAUGGUAAUUUGUAUCCAAAAAUUAUACACUUCGGCCAACUGAGAUUCUUUCAAACCCUUGGGUCCUAUAAAAGAAAUGAAUUGGUCAAUAUUAUAGAAUUAAGAUGAUCAGGGUCAGCAGGAUCUCUUAAAGGUUCUUUGCUAAAGAAUUCCUGUUCAUGGUUUAAAACCUCCAAAUGAUGAAACUUGCAAUCCCCUCAAAAAAAAAAAAAAAAAAAAAAAAAAAAAAAAAAAAAAAAAAAAAAAAAAAAAAAAAAAAAAAAAUUGUUAUCUCCUAUGCUUAGCUGUUGAAAGUUUACUUACUAAGGCGAAUGAGAAUUUUCUGAAAAUCCAUGGCCAAAACAAUUGCAUCUAUCAAAAUAGAACUACAGUGUCUAAGGGUGCUUAACAUCACAUUUACUUUAUACAUAAGCUUGUCCUAUUUACCAGCCUUUCCAAGAAUUUAUAUAAUAUAUUUUUCAAGAAUUUUCACCAUAAAUGUUUUAAAACUUCUCUGAAUAUGUUUAUUACAUUGAUAUCUGAUUUAUUGCUUGAAAUUGAUAAAGGAUUAUUAUGAUUCUACUCUAUUAAAAAAUAAAAAAUAUGAUAUGGAUCCUUUUAAUGCUAAUACAAUUGAUUUAUGAACCAUUAUUAAUCCAGGAAUUGAUUUGUAUGGAGACAAUCCCCCUGCUUAAGGCAAUAGUAAUUAAAGGAGCAAAUUUCAAAUUAAUUUGUAAAUUAGAAAGAAAUAAUAAUAUUUUUUCUUUAAGAAGUUUACAUGUUAAUUAACAGAAGUAACUUUUCAUAAAAAAUUAUUCUCAUUUUUUAAAAUUUAUUCACUACCUAAAAUUGUAUCUUAAUAACUAUUAAAAUAACCUUAAUCAGUUAAAGAUAUUUGGUUAUUUUCUAUUACUUUAUUUUUAAUUAAACAUUUUUAUCAUAUCAUAGACUUAAUAAUUUAAUUUAUGUUAUAUAAAACUGUUUUAAUUAAAAAUGUCUUGUAUCUAUGUAUUACAAUAUUGUUAAUAUAUAUUUUAUUUAACUCAAAAAAUAAAUAAAUAAUAAAAUAAGCUUACAAAAAGAUAGAAAGAAUUUAUAUAGUUGCUAUAUACUGGGCUUAGUUAGUAUAAUACUGGGUAAUAUUUAAAUUUUUCAUAAAGCUUUUGUAGAAUAUAAAAGCAAUAAAAUAAAAUAAAUUGCUACUAACAUCAGCAAGAAAUAUGAAUUGACAAUUUAAAAAAAUAUAUUUAUAAUGCACCUAAAAUUAAUUUAUGCACAGCCCACAAUAUUACAGACACUGCUUUUUUACUUAUUGCUUCAUUACUAACUUCUAGCAAUAGCUAAAAAUUGUACAAAGGAAAGCUGGGGUGGAAGGUUAUCAUAAUCAUUUGCUUUUAAUAGGUAAGUGGUGCAUGCAAGAAGUAUAAUUGCAUGAAAACAAAUUAGUUUUGGUCAAUAUUUUGUUAAUUAAUGCCUUUUUCAAUUACAGAUGAGUCCUACAAGCAAAGUUACGAGAUGGUUUGAAAUGUUACAACCAUUGUCCAGACCUGAGAGUGGCUUUGUCGACUCACCAGAUGUUGAUGAUACCGAUAACCUCUUCUUAAUCAAUAGACUUCCGAGCAGAAAAAGAAGAAAACUACUUGGGCUGAAAAUUGGGAAAGUUACAACAUUCUAAUCAAACAAAAAAAUAAUAAACAUUUUUUGAAUAUUUUUCAUUAGCUAUUAGCCAUUUCAAAUGAAUACAACUGAAGUAUUUUUUGGCUCAUACUUUUCAAUUGGACAAAGUUUUGUCAGAAAAUUAUUCAAAUAUUAUAUUUUAAAAAUUUAUUUAGUCAAUUGUAGCUUUUGGUUUUAGAUAAUUCUUAGAUAAAACUUUAUGCUUUUAAGAUGAUAGAAAUCCUAACUUGAAAUGGAUUUAUUUGAUAAAAUAAUUAUGUUGUUGUCAUUUCAAAAAACUCUUGUUAUUACACAAUCAACUAAUUCAAAGUUGAUGUUCUCUAUACAUGUAGCAAAAUUUUAGAUUUUAUGCAAAUAAGAAAUACUAUUUAUAAAUUUUCAUACAAGUUUUUUAUAUAAACCUUUUUUUAAAAAAAUGUAAAUAUGUUAUAGACUAGCCUAAUAAUUUAAAGAUGAUGAACUCAUUUUGUAAUUUAAUUGUUUAUUUUAUAAGAGUAAUGUAUUUUUUAAAUCUUAUUCUUGAAAUCAUUGUCACUCAAUUGCCGAUGCCAUAAACAUUCCAAUUGUUUAUUUUAUAAUAUUGACAAUUUAUUUAUUGAAUUCUUUUUACAUUGGACUUUUCUUAAAUAUUUUUUAAUUAUUUUUCCAUAUAAAUAAUUAAUUUAAGUAUUAAUUUAUUUCAACACAGACUGUAUUUUAAAUAGAAAUAUUCUGUUACCAAACAGAUGAAUUACUUAUUUGCUCAAGCAAUCCUAAUACUAUCCCUCUCACUUUGAGAAAAAUGUUUUAAUGUUCACAAACAGUACUGUUUUACAUUAAAACAUAGUAAAGUGAAAAUGAGGGAAUUUUGAUAUUUGGAAAAGAUCACGAUUUAUUUUCCAUUGGAAAAUAUAACUUCGUAGAUAUAACAUCUGACAGUGUAAUUUGAAUAGGAAAUUCCCAAAAAGAUAUAGAAUUAUUGUAAAUAAUGCUAAGUUUUUAUACUGUUAAAUAAAUAUAAAAGAUUUUGUAGUUUAAUAUUAUAUAAUAUUUAAAAAGACUUUUUACCUAUUGUUAGGUUAUCUUGUAUUUAAAUAAAUUCAUAUUAUUAUGACAUCUUA